AUGGGGACCAUGAAAAUGCAAGGCAGCCUGACACCUCCAGAAGCCGGCAAAACCCACGGUGACUCCAAGAAAAUGGCUCCUCCCCCAAAGGAGGUGGAAGAAGACAGUGAAGAUGAAGAAAUGUCAGAAGAUGAAGAAGAUGACAGCAGUGGAGAAGAGGUUGUAAUCCCUCAGAAAAAAGGCAAGAAGGCUACCACAACUCCAGCAAAGAAGGUAGUUGUUUCACAAACAAAAAAGGUUGCAGUUCCCACACCAGCUAAGAAAGCUGUUGCUACCCCUGGCAAAAAGGCAGCAGCCACCCCAGCCAAGAAGGCAGUUACACCAGCUAAAGCGGCAUUACCUGGUAAGAAGGGAGCUAUCAAUCACUCCAGCCAAGGAUGGAAUGGUAAGAAGGAAGACAGUGAUGAGGAUGAGGAUGAUGAGGAAGAGGAUGACAGUGAAGAUGAAGAUGAUGAGGAAGAGGAUGAAUUUGAGCCACCAGUAGUGAAAGGAGUGAAACCAUCUAAAGUAGCUGCUACUGCUCCGGCCUCAGAGGAUGAGGAUGAAGACGAGGAUGAGGAAGAUGACGAUGAAGAAGCAGCUAUGGAGAUCACACCUGCUAAAGGAAAGAAAGCUCCUGCAAAACUUGUUCCUGUGAAAGCCAAGAAUGUGGCUGAAGAGGAGGAGGAGGAGGAUGACGAUGAUGAAGAGGAGGAGGAAGAAGAUGAGGAAGAGGAAGAAGAGGAAGAUCCUGUUAAAGCAGCACCUGGAAAAUGGAAGAAGGAAAUGACCAAACAGAAAGAAGUUCCUGAAGCCAAGAAACAGAAAGUGGAAGGCUCAGAAUCAACUACACCCUUCAGUCUAUUCAUUGGAAACCUUAAUCCAAACAAGUCUGUUGCUGAAUUAAAAGUUGCCAUUAGUAAACUUUUUGCUAAAAAUGAUCUUGCUGUUGUGGAUGUCAGAACUGGUACAAAUAGGAAAUUUGGUUAUGUGGCCUUUGAGUCAGCUGAAGAAAAGGCCUUGGAGCUCACUGGUUUAAAAGUGUUUGGCAAUGAAAUUAAACUUGAAAAACCAAAAGGAAGAGAUAGUAAGAAAGUUCGAGCUGCAAGAACACUUUUAGCAAAGAACCUUUCUUUCAACAUCACUGAGGAUGAAUUAAAAGAAGUGUUUGAAGAUGCCCUGGAGAUCAGAUUGGUUAGCCACGAUGGGAAGAGUAAAGGGAUUGCUUAUAGUGAAUUUAAAUCUGAAGCUGAUGCAGAGAAGAACUUUGAAGGAAAGCAGGGGGCAAAGAUUGAUGGGCGAUCUGUUUCACUCUACUACCCUGGGAGAAGGGACAAAGGCAAGAAAGAGCUGGAAAGAAUAGAUAGCACUUGGAGUGGUGAACCAAAAACUUUGGUUUUAAGUAACCUUUCCUGUGGUGCAACAGAAGAAAGUCUUCAGGAAGUGUUUGAGAAAGCAACUAUUAUCAAAGUGCCCCAGAACCCACACGGCAAAUCUCAAGUGUAUGCAUUUAUAGAAUUUGCUUCAUUUGAAGAUGCUAAAGAAGCUGUAAACUCCUGUAAUAAAAUGGAAAUUGAGGGCAGAACAAUCAGGCUGGAGUUACAAGGACCCAGGGGAUCACCUAAUGCAAGAAGUCAGCCAUCCAAAACUCUGUUUGUCAAAGGUCUGUCUGAGGAUACCACUGAAGAGACAUUAAAAGAAUCAUUUGAGGGCUCUGUUCGCGCAAGAAUAGUCACUGACCGGGAAACUGGUUCCUCUAAAGGGUUUGGUUUUGUAGACUUCAAUAGUGAGGAAGAUGCCAAAGCUGCCAAGGAGGCCAUGGAAGAUGGAGAAAUUGACGGGAACAAAGUUACCUUGGACUGGGCCAAACCUAAGGGUGAAGGUGGCUUUGGUGGCCAAGGUGGAGGAGGUAGAGGAGGUUUCGGAGGCCGAGGUGGUGGCAGAGGAGGAAGAGGCAGCUUUGGUGGCAGAGGCCGGGGAGGCUUUGGAGGUCGAGGAGGCUUCCGAGGUGGCAGAGGAGGAGGAGAAGGGGGAGACUUCAAGCCACAAGGAAAGAAGACGAAGUUUGAAUAGUUCCUUCCAUCCCAAUUUUUCCCGAUUCAUUUUAAAGAAAGGACUCUGGGGUUUUACACUGUUACCUGUUAAAUGACAGAGCCUUUUAAAGGACAUUUCAAAAGAUUUUUUUUCCUACAAUUAAUUUUUUUUUGCAUUGGGGGUUGUAAAAGAAUGUUUAUCAUGUUUUUUGCUUCAGUGACUUUAAGACAAAUUAAAAGUCCUAAAC